GCGGCACAUCGGAAGUGCAACCUUUAAUUUGGCAAUUUUGCGCAAGUCAAAAUUUAGGGCGAAAACAAAUGUGACUGUUUCGAAGGGGUAGAAAAAGUGUGCCCACUUUGCUUCGCGUUUGUGCUGCGCUCGCGAUGCGCUUGUGCCUCGCCUGCGAUGCGUGUGUGCCGACUUGGUGCCACCUUGGUAGCAGCACUGCGCCAAAGCUGCGCGAAGAUUGCGCCCCAAUUAGAAUGGUAGUUGCCCGGCCACCGGUAGAGACCCCCCGGAGUGCACUGGCAUCCAUCGGAAAACGCGCGACCCUCGAUGGGUAAUGACUGCGGGUGGCGGCCAUAAUGGUAACAGGGGAAAAUAAAAGCAAAGAUAGCAAGAGAGGAAAAAACGUAAGAAGUGAGACGCAAGAGAGAAGCAAACGAGACGCAAACGAGUCGCAAACGAGACGCAAACAAGACGCAAACGUGAUAGCAUAGUAGCUCCGAACGGACAACCAAUACGCACUCAGACGGGGAAUCAUGACGAGUCUUAAUAACGUCGAAGACGAAGAGGACAAAAAUGCUGCAAACGCAGAGAUGGAUUCGCCAAAGGGGAAUGGGCAAGUGGCAGUGAGCACCAGUUAUCACAAUUCGGAUAAAGAUGGAGCCGAAAAGGGACAACCUUUUACGCAAAAUGGGAAUGCAAAGAAUGGUGCGAACAGUGCAUGCACACCUGCCGCGGCUACGGCAAUCGCUGGCGCUAACUUUGAGAAGAAGAGAAAAGCGGAAGCAGUGGAGGAACGGUACCAAGUGGACAGGACCCUUGACGGCAUGAGCAGUGCCCCCAACGUUGAUAAAUUGGACAUGAUGGAGAAGUCAUCUAUUGGUGGCAUGAACAAGCAUGCGAAAACAGGGGAUGGAGGCGUCAGCUGUGCAGACCCCAUCCAGAGGAGCAGCAAGGGGGUCGAUAAGCUGAAUGUGGACACGUACAUGCAUGCUCAUAUUCAUACGGAUACCCAUGCGCAUAAUCAUGCGCCUACUCAUGCGCACGCGCGUAUGGGCAAGUGUGACACGAACACAGAAUUCCAAAGUGAUGACGCUGCUAAUGGGAAAGCGACCCCUGGGGAUGCUAAAGAGGAACAAAGAGGGGUCGAAGAAGAGAGUAGCAAAACUGAGUUAGCACAAAGUGACACAAGUAAGGAGGAAAAGGCGAAAGACAAACCGAAUGAACAUGCUAAGAUGAAGAACGAAGCUAAGGAAAGACAUGCACAACUGGAAGCGAAUAACAAGAAAAAGGAAAGCUACAAAUAUUUUAUUGAUUAUAGCAAAUAUAGGAGCAAAAAUAAUGUGACGUUCUCUACCAAGUAUAAGGACAGCUGUGUGAAUUUAAGCAGCGAUAAGCUCACCUGUUAUGGAGACAAAGGAUGGUCAAGUGUUUUCGUGAAUAAUGGGGCCGACAUCGGGAAAUGGUACUACGAAAUAAAAAUUGAAGAGCCUGUGCAAAAUUUCCACUUCUUAGGUUAUAAGGACAAAGUGAUAAAGGUAAACCCAUAUAUAAGAGUCGGUUUCGCUUGCAGAUACAUGCGGUAUGACUAUCCCAUAGGAACAGACAAAUAUAGCUACUGCGUCAAUAGCAAAAAUGGGAGAAUUUUUAACAACUCCAUAAGCUACGACUGCAUGGAGCCAAUUAAAGUAGGUGAUAUCAUUGGGUGCUACUUAAAUUUGAAGAACAAAAAUACGUAUAACUUCGAUCCAAGAUCUGAUAAGAAAUUGUAUGAAUAUUUACAAAAUGGCAUUCUGUGUGAUCCAAAAGAUCCACCCAUCUUAAAGAAAAACUACGGUUCGUCUAUUUUUUUCUCCCUAAAUGGGCAAAUAAAGAAAAACGCCUUUGUUGAUAUUUAUGAAGGGUUUUAUCAUCCGUCUGUGAGUUUGUACAUGGGUGCCUCGGCAAAAAUUAAUUUGGGUCCUCAUUUUGCGUAUAACCAUUUGAAUGAUUACAUCCCGUGUGUGUUUAUGGAGCCACCGAUUAUUCUGUGAAGAGUGCGGGCUCGGGCGG